AUGGAGCUAGAACAUAAAGCUUACUGGGCCACUAAGCUCCUCAAUCUUAACUCUCAAGCAGUAGGAGAGAAAAGGCUAUUGCAACUCAAUGAGCUAUAUGAAUUCAGGUUGGAAGCUUAUGAGAAUGCAAAAAUAUACAAGGAGAGGGCUAAAAAGUGGCAUGACAAGAAAAUCUUAAAAAGGGAGCUCAAACCAGGACAACAAGUGCUCGUAUAUAAUUCCAGGCUCAACGUGUUUCCUAGCAAACUCAAGUCCAAAUGGAUUGGUCCUUACUUGGUGACAAAAGUUCUUCCUUAUGGGAGCCUUGAACUUCUGAAUGAAGCCACAAAUGACACAUUCACAGCAAAUGGUCACAGAGCCAAGCACUACCUGGGAGGAUCUUGGAACAAAGAAGAAAGCAUCCAGGAGCUGGGAUAG